AUGCAUCACAGUCGCAGAAAGUCCGGCAACACCUCCAUGACGGAGAAGACCGUUACCGCCACUGAUCCCUCCCGCUAUGGCAAGCGCCCAACAACACUCUCCCGACGCCAAACACCUGUCGCCGCGCAAAAGCUGGGCAAGAGCCACAGGGACCGCGAACGCGAAUGGCAGGACUCGUGGGACGAUGACCGUGAAAGCUUCCCUCAGUUUUGCAUGACGUGCGAAAAGCAAUUCGUGCCCCAAGACGUCAAGACGCUGUACUGCUCAGAAGCGUGCCGCCUCCACGACCAGCAGAGCGCAUCAAUCGGCAGGAGUCACAGCCAGGUGCACCAGAGUCACUACCCUUUCUACGCUGCAGGCAACCCCGAACCGAGAGACAUCGUCCCCCGCGCCUCGCCAUCGAGGCCCAACUCGAUGCACUUCUCCCCGCCCACGACACCAGGUGCCACCAGCGGUGCUCAGUACUCGUCUGCCAUCUCCGCCCUGAGGUCGCUCAGCAUCCGCCCUCCCAGCCCGCCAUCGCCCACAUCCUCGCACCCUAGCAGCUUGUGGCCCUUCACCAAGAGCAGCGCCGCCAGCCCCAGCUCCUCCUACAACCGCAGCGGCAACGGUUUCUUCCCCGCGACCUAUGACGGUGGUUACGCUUCCACCGGUUACGCCUACAACUACAGCUCCAGCGGCAUGGAUCGGCCGCUGCCGACGCGGAGACCCACUGGCCCGGGCUACUCGAGGCCGAAAAGUAUCGAAUUGGUGACACCCAUGGUCGGUCGCUAA